AUGGCGGAGGAGGAGGAUGAGUUGAUCGGGGAGCGGUUACUUUUCCUGCCGGAUCGCCAUGUGCGCUAUUUCCAGCGGAGCCUGCAGGCUCUCCCCGAGCAGUGUGCCUCCCUGGAGACCAGCAGGUUAACUAUUGCAUUUUUUGCAUUGUCUGGUCUGGACAUGUUGGAUUCGUUGCAUGUGUUGAACAGAGAUGAGAUCAUUGAAUGGAUAUAUUCCCUCCAAGUCCUUCCCACUGAAGACAAAUCAAAUUUAAGUCUAUGUGGAUUUUCGGGGUUCAUCAUGUUUGGGAUUACCUUUCAACCCAUCAAAGGGCCAUGGAAUCUAUCAUCCUUAUGACAGCGGACACAUAGCAAUGACAUACACAGCUCUGUCUAGCUUGCUGAUACUAGGAGAUGACUUGAGCCUGGUGAACAAAGAAUCAUGUCUUGCAGGUCUACGGGCCCUUCAGCUUCCAGAUGGAAGUUUCUGUGCAGUACCUGAGGGCAGUGAGAAUGACAUGAGGUUUGUGUACUGUGCCUCCUGCAUUUGCUACAUACUUAAUGACUGGUCAGGGAUGGAUAUGGAAAAAUCAAUUGAGUACAUUAGAAGAAGCAUGUCAUAUGAAAAUGCACUGGGCCAAGGAGCUGGGCUGGAAGCUCAUGGUGGUUCCACGUUUUGCGGAAUAGCUUCUCUUUGUCUCAUGGGAAAGCUUGAAGAUGUAUUUUCUGAGAGAGAAUUAAACCGAAUACAAAGAUGGUGCAUUUUGAGGCAACAAAAUGGUUUCCAUGGUAGACCCAAUAAACCAGUUGAUACGUGUUACUCCUUUUGGGUGGGAGCAACUUUAAGGCUCUUGAAUAUCUUCAAGUACACAAAUUUUGAGAAAAACAGGAAUUUUAUCCUGUCUACUCAGGACCGCCUUGUUGGAGGUUUUGCUAAAUGGCCAGAUAGUCACCCCCAGAUGCCUUGCAUGCAUAUUUUGGGAUCUGUGGCCUUUCGCUGAUGGGAGAGUCUGGUAUUAAUGAAAUCCACCCAGCGCUGAAUGUAAGCUUAAAAACUUUUAAACAUCUCCAGCAGCUCCAUGAAGCCUGGAAAGCCAAGAACUGUGAAAAGAGUUCAAACCAUCUUCACCAUCUCAGCAGUGACUGA